AUGAGUGCCAUCAUAUGGAAUGUGAGAGGUGUAGCUAGUGUAGAUACUUACAGGCGAUUGAAGAAACUUAUUCAACUUCAUCAGAUUUAUCUUCUGGUUAUAUUGGAGCCUCUUGUUCUUCAGUACAAUUUUGCAUAUAUUCGACGAAAUCUGCACUUUUACAUGGGUAUUCAGAAUGAAUCGAAUAAGAUCUGGUUUUUUGAAUCUCGAGGACUAAUGUUGCUGAUUGUUGACCAUCCCCAGUUCCUCCACGUUAGAGUUGAAGACCCCAUACUAGCGUGUCCUAUCUACUUGACUCCAGUGUAUACUUCAUGUGAUGCUGCUAUUAGGAGGGACUUGUGGGUGGGCCUUCACCACAUUUCCCUCGAUAUGAAUGAUCCUUGGCUAGUUGGGAGAGACUUUAACAUUAUUACACAUGAUGGAAAAUGCACUAGUCAUGAUACUCGUGAUCGUGGCACUAUUGCUUUCUCGGAUAUGAUGUUAGACUAUGGGUAUGAGGAUGCUGGUUUCUUUGGGAAUAGAUAUACUUGGUCAAAUGGUCGGUGGAGUCCUGAUGAUGACUUCGGGCUUAGACCAUUCAGAAUCCUCAGUGUUUGGAUCAAGCACCAUGAUUUCUUAGUCUUUGUUUCCUAUAAAUGGUCACUGCCUACACAUCUUACAAGAAUG